AUGCGUAAUCUAAUUACAGUCUCAAAGGCAGCAUCCAAGAGGAAGGUCUUCAAGUCUCUCCAGAAAGCUUGUCCUGAAGGAGCAAGGCACAAGUCAGGUGAUGAUGACCUCAUGAUGGUGUGCAUUGGUGAAAUAUUCCUGGAGUUCGUCAAUAUGCUGCCUGCCUUCCAGACAUAUUGUCUCCAGCAGUCUUCUUCUGUGAACAUGCUCAAUGCAUUGGAAAAAGAGAAGGAGUUACUCAGGAUAUUCCUCAAUGUUUCCCAGAACGACAACACAGCACUUCGCCGUAUGAACCUGCGGUCCUUCCUCAUGGCUCCGCUGCAGAGAGUCACCAAAUACCCGCUUCUGCUGAGCCGCAUCAUCAAAGCCACCAUCGAGUACCACCCAGAUCACAGCAGCCUGCGGGAGGCCAAGAGCCGCAUUGAGUCCCACCUGGAGCACAUCAACAUGAAAACCAAGCAGGAAGGGAACUCCUGGACUCUGCGUUCCUUCCGCCAGGACAGCAAGAAGAACAGGGAGGUCAUUAACAUCGAAAUGAGGGAGACCGCGAUCAAGACCCUGGGCUGGCUGCGGGAAGAAACCCGCUUUGUUAUGGAAGGGUCCCUGCAGCUGGCCCAGCCGCCUGACGGACAGUGGGUGAGAAAGGGCAGCAAGACCUUAAAGUUCCAGAACAUGCAAGUGCUGCUCAUGGUCAACAUCAGACGUGCAUCUGAAUCUAGCUUCGAACCUGGGGAGCCAGGGCCGGUGAAAGAUGCCGUGCUGGUACUUAUCAGAGACAAAAACAACGGGAAGUUCAGUUUGCUCCGAGAGCCCUUGAGACUCAGUAACUGCGUGGUCUCUGUGGAUCCCGAUUGUGAUGAUACGUUUGAACUUCUUGAGGUCAGGCGGGAGUCCUUCGUGUUCCGGGAUGGUGACAAAGCACGGACUCACCACUGGUUCAGGCAGAUACGGCGGUACUCUCGGGAGUUGGGCUCUUGGAAGAAGCGGCGCAACGCCUUGCCCAACAUCAUGAUUAGCGCAUCUCACAAUAGGUCAUGA